AAUAUAUCCAUGUUGUUGAUAACGUCAACACGCCACCAGACAUUGAGCUGCACUCAACAAUGACCUCUGACACAUGACUAGUUUCAUGUUGUGAGGCAUUCAUUCACUGAGCCCACCAUGAAGCGACUGUAUCAGUCUGUGAGGGAGGAAUACCCUACCCCCACCCCGGGGAACGUCACAGGCACCAUCCCCGAUUGGUUAGAUGGCAGUUUAUACAGAAAUGGCCCCGGCCUUUUCGAGGUGGGGACAACCAAGUAUAACCAUUGGUUUGACGGCAUGGCUGUCCUCCAACGCUUCCACGUGACCAAACAGGAAGUGACGUACCAGCGCCGGUUCCUCCAGAGCGAGACGUACAAGAAGAACAUGGCGGCAAAACGCAUCGCAGUGACCGAGUUCGCCACCACCGCCUUCCCGGAUCCGUGUAAAGGGUCUAUUGCCAGGGCGGUGUCGUUCGUAACGGAGACGGCAGAGCCGACGGACAAUACUAACGUCAACAUCCACAUCCUCGGGGGAGAGAUGUACACGUCCUCGGAGUCGAACAUGCUGCACCGUCUAAACCCCCAAACACUGGAAACACAAGCCAGGGUUGUGCUGACUGAUCAUAUUCCAAUCAACAUGGCGGCUGCUCACGCCCACAGGGACUGGGGCGGGGCACUGCACAGCAUUGGCUACCAGUUUGGAAAAGGGAGGCCCAAAUAUUGCCUGAUACGAACGCCCGUAGCUGCCAAUGACGAAGGAGGCUACUCUAAGUCCAGACUGGUGGCAUCUGUGAUGGCAGAACACUCCAUGCAUCCGUCGUACUUCCACAGCUUCGGGAUGACCGAGAACUACUACGUGUUUGUGGAACAACCGAUGGUGAUAAAUGUAUGGAAGAUUCUGGCAGCCAUGGUGAAGAAGCAUCACAUGCUACAGUGCAUACAGUGGAACCCAGAACACACCGGCAACCUGACUCGGUUCCACGUGAUCGACAAGCGCACUGGGAAUGAGGUCAAUGCUGAAUGCCCGUAUGUAGCCGACGCCUUUCUAGUGCUGCAUCACAUCAACGCAUUCGAAGAUCAAGGGCAACUAGUGGUCGAUGUCUGUGGCUUUCAUGUUGGCGACAUCCUGGACAAGUUCGACAUGGAACGCCUCAGCAGUGACAAAGCUGAAGAGGUUAUCAAUAACCUGCCACGCCCUCACCCAUGGAGAUACGUCUUGCCUCUUGAAGUAGAUACAAAUUCAGAGUCAGAGAGCAACCUUGUGACGCUUCCAGACUCAGAAGCCACGGCUGUGAUGAAGAAGAAAAAGAUUUUCUGCACGUACCAACCACUGUCGACAGAAUCGAUGGACCUACCGGUCAUCAACUACUCUGUGGUCAACGGGAGGAAGUACCGCUACAUGUACGGGACAGGGCUCCAGGCAGCGCCGGGGAAUCAGCCUACAAUAUUCAAGGUUGACAUCAACGAGAAGACGACCUUGAAAUGGUGCGAAGACGGAUGCUUCCCUUCCGAAGCCAUCUUUGUGCCGCGACCUUCAACUUCACGUGAAGAUGACGGUAUGUUGCUGUCGGUGGUUGGGACGGUUGGGGAGGAUCAGGAAGACUUCCUCCUCAUCCUGGAUGCGGGCACCCUGCAGGAGGUGGCCCGGGUGGUGUUCCCUGGCAUCCGGUUCCCAAAGGAUCAGCAUGGCGUCUUCCUUGAUGGACAGUGAUGGCGACUGUUAGAUCUAACACCAAAGGCAGAACAUUAAAUAACCCCAUUGAUCCCGGAAAGUCAUAUAGUCAAAGGCAGAACAUUGAAUAACCCCAUUGAUCCUGGAAAGUCAUAUAGUCAAAGGCAGAACAUUGAAUAACCCCACUGAUUCUGGGAAAUCAUAUCAUCAAAAGGCAGAACAUUGAAUAACCCCAUUGAUCCUGGAAAGUCAUUUAGUCAAAGGCAGAACAUUGAAUAACCCCACUGAUUCUGGGAAAUCAUAUCAUCAAAAGGCAGAACAUUGAAUUACCCCAUUGAUCCUGGAAAGUCAUUUAGUCAAAGGCAGAACAUUGAAUAACCCCACUGAUUCUGGGAAAUCAUAUCAUCAAAAGGCAGAACAUUGAAUAACCCCAUUGAUCCUGGAAAGUCAUUUAGUCAAAGGCAGAACAUUGAAUAACCCCACUGAUUCUGGGAAAUCAUAUCAUCAAAAGGCAGAACAUUGAAUAACCCAAUUGAUUCUGGGAAGUCAUAUCAUCAAAAGGCAGAACAUUGAAUAACCCCAUUGAUUCUGGGAAGUCAUAUCGUCAUCAUUGAAUAACCCGACUGAUUCUGGGAAAUCGUGUCACCAAAGGUAGAACAUUUAAUAACUCAUUUGAUUCUGUGAGAUCAUGUCAUCAUAAUAUUCAGUAACCUCAGUGAAUCUUGGAAAUUAACGGCGAUGAUAUUUCCAUACUGUAUUGCCUGGGCACUUACAUGUAAAAUGUCCGUGGGCUGUCUAAACAUGGCUGGUGUUGUUUUUGUAUUGUUGUACUGUUGAUUGUUUAUGCAUCUCUGUCAAUGAAUUCUAAUAUUCAAAUAAAUUCAUGUAUUUUAAAUUUAGAAAGAUAUAAAAAGUUCAAACCAAAUAGCACUUCUAUGACAAUAGAGAAACGAAGAUGGAAUAAAAAAUGCUCUUCGU